UCCACGCUCUAGCGACGCUUCUGGCGACCGCCAAUACCCACGUCAAAGCCUUGGGGGUCUCGACAGCCCCAUGUGCACCUCGCAGCUCGCGCUACUGCAGGUGCUCUUCCUGAUGGUCCCCGAGGGCGGCCGGCCUCAGCCCUCCUCUUCCCCGUCAGAGGCAGUGCCCACCCCUUUGACCCUGGAGUCAAGGACGCAGGGCGGAACCCCUCAGUCCUCGGAGGGGACUGAAACUCACUGGACCGUGCCUGAGAUCUCUACCGUGGGCCCUACUGUGGUGACCCCCUCGGCGCCUGGGAAUAGGACCGUGGACCUCUUCCCAGUCUUACCGAUCUGCGUCUGUGACUUGACUCCUGGUGCCUGCGAUAUAAAUUGCUGCUGCGACAGGGACUGCUAUCUUCUCCAUCCGAGGACAGUUUUCUCCUUCUGCCUUCCUGGCAGUGUGAGGUCUUCAAGCUGGGUGUGUGUGGACAACUCUCUUAUCUUCAGGAGUAAUUCUCCUUUUCCUUCGAGAGUUUUCAUGGAUUCAAAUGGAAUUAGACAGUUUUGUGUCCAUGUGAAUGACUCAAAAUUAAACUAUUUCCAGAAGCUCCAAAAGGUCAAUGCAACCAACUUCCAGGCCCUGGCUACAGAGUUUGGAGGCAGAUCAUUCACUUCAACAUUCCAAAACCAGUCGCCAGCACCUUUCUACAGGGCUGGGGACCCCAUUCUGACUUACUUCCCCAAGUGGUCUGUCAUAAGCUUACUGAGGCAGCCUGCAGGAGUUGGAGCUGGGGGCCUCUGUGCUGAGAGCAAUCCUGCCGGUUUCCUGGAAAGUAAAAGUACAACCUGUGCUCGUUUCUUCAAGAACCUGGCAAAUAGCUGUACCCUGGACCCAGCCCUCAAUGCUGCCUCCUACUAUAACUUCACAGUCUUGAAGGUUCCAAGAGGUAUGACUGAUCUGCAGAAUAUGAAGUUCCAGGUUCCUGUAACGCUUGUCUCACAGUCACAGCCUGGCUCUCCUCUGUUGGCUGGAAACACUUGUCAGAAUGUUGUUUCCCAGGUCAUCUAUGAGAUAGAGACCAAUGGGACUUUGGGAAUCCAGAAAGUCUCUGUCAGUUUUGGACAAACGAACCUGACUGUUGAGCCAGGAACUUCCUUACAGCAGCACUUCAUCAUGCGCUUCAGGGCUUUUCAACAGAGCACACCUGCUUCUCUUACUAGGCCUAGAAGUGGGAAUCCUGGCUAUAUUGUUGGGAAGCCACUUUUGGCUCUAACCAGUGAUAUAAGGCACUCAAUGACCCUCCUGCAGAGCCAGGGUUAUGGAACUUGCUCUGUUAAGAGACAUGAAGUACAGUUUGGAGUGAAUGCAAUAUCUGGAUGCAAGCACAGGCUAAGAAAGAUGGACUGCAGCCACUUGCAGCAGGAGAUUUAUCAGACGCUUCACGGAAGACCCAGACCAGAGCUUGUUGCCAUCUUUGGUAAUGCUGACCCAGCCCAGAAGGGAGAGUGGACCAGGAUCCUCAGCAGGAACUGCAGUGUUUCAGCUCUGCAUUGUACUUCCUGCUGUGUCAUACCCAUUGCCCUGGAGAUCCAAGUAUUGUGGGCAUAUAUAGGCCUCCAGUCCAACCCACAAGCUCAUGUGUCAGGAGCCCGAUUUCUGUAUCAAUGCCAGUCCAUACAGGAUUCCCAACAAGUAACAGAAAUAUCUUUGACAACUGUUGUGACCUUUGUGGACAUUACCCAGAAGCCAGAGCCUCCAAGGGGCCAACCCAGAAUGGACUGGAAAUUGCCAUUCGACUUCUUCCUUCCCUUCAAAGUGGCAUUCAGCAGAGGAGUCGACUCUCAAAAAGGCUCAGUCUCUCCCAUCCUUCUCCUGUGUCUCUUCCUACUUGGAGUUCUCAACCUAGAGACUAAGUGAAAAAAGGAGAAGAAUCAGACUUCACUUUUCCCUAUGGGAAGUUCUGAGGCAGCCUACUUACCUUGGCUAAAUAGGUCCUUACCUGCUCAUGACCGAAGAAGAGCACUUAAGAUAACAGAGGACCUAACUAAAGGAAUCUUUGUAUAUGAAAGAAGGAAUCUUAGAAAGCAGUAAAAAUAUCUUAUUCAAAAUAGCUCUCUGCUUAGGACUCUGCAGACCACCAGGUACACAUUAGGUUCUCUACUUCUCAAGCAAGGAAGAACAUAAAGAGCCCUUCCUCCAGCCCUUCAGGUUGUGUUAUGCCUGACUAAAGGAUGGCAAGAUCUUCAUCCACCUGCUCACAGGCACACUUGGGCUCAACAUCAAAAGGAACAUGCUCCUGCUGUCCCCCCAGUGAACUCGGGAAUAGCUGCCCUCUGGACUUGAGAGGAGCUGACUGUUCAGAAGAGAAAACUGCUGGCUAUAUAUUUUGUCUGGCUCCUCCCCACUCCCUUGGGCCACACUCUGCCCAGGCAUGUUGGAGAAAGCUAUUCUUCCUACUCAGUUUCCAAAAUGAAUGUGGAAUCCCAGCCCCCUUUUCUACUAGCAUAUGACCCUACCACCCAUUUCUGUUCUUUCCUUCUCUCCAUUGUGGUGAGGAGAAAUAAAAUUGAUUGAGAGCUUUGCUGUUCGAAUUCCAGCAGCACAAAGAAGUUAACUGACAUGUGAUCUGCCUGAUGACUAUUUUUCUAUGUGUGUGAGGUUAAAAA